AUGCCUCCAAUCCCCCUCCACAAAAACGACCCCAUCAACGCCUCCAAACCCACAGGCACAACCCCGCAAACCGCGAACCCGCCUCCAACCCGCACCACGCCCCUUCAAGCUCCAGCAACCACCACCAGCACAACAGACGCCUCGAACCCUCCAGCCCCCCAGCCGGGCGCCCGUCCUGCGCCCCCGACUGCCGCCGCCGCCGUACCCUCGAACACGGGACCCGCGGCGCCGCAGCCUGCGGAGGGAGGAUACACGGCGACGCACAUCACGACUGAGACGAGACGUGCAGCUGGAGGUCCACAGCCAGCGCAGUUCGCGAUUCCUCCGCCCACGGACUCCCAGCUCGCGGGCCGGUCUACCACUACAAGGACCGAGCAUGCUGGGCCGGGACCCACGACGCUGAACCUAGGGCCCGUGGCGUCGCCUUUCCAGGAGGCGCAUUCUGGAGGGGUUGGAGGUGCUGUGCAGACGAGCACUGGUGGUGGUGAUGGGGAGGAGAGGAGGAGCUUGGAGCAUCCGCCGGGGUAUGUGCAGGCGCAGGAGAGGUAUACUUAUAGUGGUGGGGAUGGCCAGGGACAGGGCGGCGCUGGUACGCAGCAGGAGGGCGUCGGUGCGGCAGCUUGGAACCUGUUGUCUAAGGCGGGCGAGGCGCUGCAGAAGGGUGAGGAGGCAGCUUGGAGGGCGGUUAGGAAUAAGUAA